AUGGAUUUUCCAAAAUCGGAUUUCAAUCCUUCUCAAGACAUAUGCCGUAUCGUCGAUAAUACUAUUACUAUUGGUAAAGUUAGCACAGCGGAGAAAAAUAUACCUAAACCUUUGAUUUCUUUAUCUUCAGAGUUUCUCAUUAAAAAUGAAUCUGAUAUAGAUAGCCUGAUUAUUCUUUUACAAGAAAAGUUAGAACAAUGGAGAGCCAAGAUUGCUUUUGAAAUGCGGAAUAAUCAAAAUUAUUGGAAAAAAGAGCGCGAGAGUAUGAGUGAGACCGACUUCUUAGAAUAUAAGCGAAAAUUUGAGGCUAAAAUGAAGGUUCCUACUACUCCGCACAAAAAAUAA